AACCCAGAAGUAUUGUUUUUCUUUGUAGAUAUCAUGGAAGCCAAGGCGGGCAACAAGGGCUUCUGUAGCAAUUAUUUGCUGUUGAACCCUGAGCAAGCCACUUUCAAGGAUAUUUUUCGUGUCUUGUUUUCUAGUAAUUUAAAGAAGAGAAAUUUUAUCGACAGCUCUCAAGAAAGAAUGGAAAGUUUCGGGUAUAGACUUCUUAUAUUCCUCUCCGCGCUGUCACAAAAAAUUCUGCUAACGAUAUCGACGCCAAUGGCAAUGUUAGGGUCAACGUUAGAGGACUUGCUCAACUUUCUGCCAUGUAAUGGUGGCUUUUUUGGUCUCCUGAAAAAUAUCUUGCGAGGGAAGAAUGUGAUUCCAGACAGGGAGGCGGCAAACUAUCUUUCUUUUGUUGGAUAUGUGGACACGAGAAUGGAGCUAGACAGAAACAUUAAAUAUGGAGAUGGCAUGUACUAUCCAGCACUUUCGAUGAUGGCUUGUAAAGCUGUUUAUAACAAUGCUGCUUAUACCGAAGCCUUAGUAGAUGGUCAUUGGAAGAUGGAGCACUUGGGAUUUAAAGAUUAUUGGAAUGAUUUCCUACGAAAGACCAAUACACAGGCCUUCUUGUUUCGAGAUAAAAGUGAUGACCAUGACACUAUUGUUAUUUGCUUUAGAGGGACUGAACCGUUUAAUGCAGAUGAUUGGUGUUCGGACAUUGAUCUCUCCUGGUACGAAUUCCCCAACAUUGGAAAGAUUCAUAGUGGUUUCAUGAAAGCAUUAGGCAUGCAGAAAACAGACGGUUGGCCUGAGCAAGUCGUGCCAGAUCAGAGCCGCGGAGCACCAUUAGCUUACUACGACAUAAGGGAUAGGUUGAAAGACCUUUUGAGCAAAAAUCCUGAAGCAAAAUUUAUAGUGACAGGCCACAGUUUGGGUGGUGCGCUAGCAAUUCUGUUCCCAGCAAUUUUGUUUUCCCAUGACGACAAAUUGCUGCUGGAGAGAAUGGAAGGAGUGUACACUUUUGGGCAACCGAGAGUAGGAGAUGGGAAGUUUGGAAAUUACAUGGAGAAGAAUUUGAACAAGAAUGGAAUUCACUAUUACAGAUUUGUUUACUGUGAUGAUGUUGUUCCAAGGAUUCCCUUUGAUACCAAACGUCUUUUGUUCAAGCACUUUGGUACUUGCGUCUACUACAACUGCAGCUAUGAAGCAAAGAUUGUUAAGGAAGAACCGUACAAGAACUACUUCUCAAUUUGGGCCUUUUUCCCCAUGCUAAAAAGUGCUAUAUAUGAGGUGAUAAGAAGCUUCACUAUAGAGAAGCAGAGGGGACCAGAAUACAAAGAAGGGUGGUUGCUUUUUUGUGUCAGAGUACUUGGAUUGGUCGUCCCUGGUCUACCAGCUCAUUGUCCGCAGGAUUAUGUAAACUCUACCCGUCUUGGGUCCCCAGUUGAUGUUUUAUUUAUUCCCCAGAAACCAGUCAUGAAGUCUGCCAGCUAGUCCUGAUCUAACGAUCCUUGCAAUUUGGAGUUUUCAGUAAAAAUAAUUGGAAUGUAUACGUUUGCCAGCAGUAGCACCUUUGUAACAAAAUUAAUGUUUUAUCCCUGCUAAAGAUUUUCAAGUUAUAUGCCUUCUGAUCGAUGUUUUUGAUAAUAAAGUAGAAAUUAAUGCCAUGUGAAGAAGAUCAAGCUGAUUCUAUAUGGCAGUGGCACUGACAUUUAGUCAAUGAUUCAAUCUGUCAUGAGAUCAUGUUCCUCGUGGAAUAUCAGGCUGAUU